AUGAUUACUGAGUUUUGUUCUUCAGGAAAUCUGACAGACUAUAGCAGGGAACAUGUACCUGCUCUUGUGGGUAAUACGGCGAUCAAGAUUUGGUGUAGACAGAUUUUAAGUGCGUUACAUUAUCUUCAUACUCAUAAUCCGCCUAUUACUCACCGUGAUAUUAAGUGUAGUAACAUAUUUGUUAAAGGUAACACGAGCACGAUUAAACUAGGAGACUUGGGAAUUGCAAAGAUUUUUGAAUCAGGGAGUACACCAGCGUUUCAGACUGAUAUAUUUUCGUUUGGGACUAGCUUAACGCAGAUGAUGAAUAAGGAAGUACAAAUCACAGAACUCAGCUGCGACAAUGAUCUGGUUGACAUCGGUUUCAAGCCUGUUGGGUUACUCAGUGUGACUGAUCCUCAAAUGAAGCAGUUGAUUGAUAAGUGUAUUGACUUUGCACCUGAUAUUGUUAGACCGACAGCAUUGGACCUUCUGAAUGACCCAUUGCUUGCAGUCGAUGUUGCUGACACAUCGACUGCAAGUACUUGUGCUGGUAGUCUGUCUCUGAAUGAAUCUGUGCAAGAUCAGGUGGCUGGACUACUACUGCAGCCUACAGAAGUACUGAUGGAAUUUGACAGCGGAUAUAAGAAAUUCUGGUUACAGGGGAAAAUGUCAGAGGAUGUAUCGAUAUCUAUUACUUUGAGGAUUAUUAUUGAUGGCCUUGAUAUGGUUAGAAUGAUAAGUUUUUGA